AGUAGGCAACGACCGGCUUUAAACCUCAAUAAAACCCAAACUCUUGUCCCACUUCACAGUCCCCGCCGUCCUGCAACGUAUAAAGCCUCAAUUGUCCAGCGAAUCCCACCCGCGCGAUAGCUGAAUUCUGCGAGUUGUUGGGUCUGCUGGGUUGCCAUCUUCAGUCGGCCUCAGCCUCUCUUUUCUCUGCGCUCCGCCCCUCCAGAUUCUUCAUGUUGCAUUUUCAGACUGUGCUUCCUAAUCUCCACCGCCACCGCCGCCACGGUUUCAUCUUCUCCGUCUUGCUCUAGGAGAGAUAUGGUUUUCUUUUUAAUCUGAUUAGUUGUCCCUGAUCUUAAUAAUCAAAAGUGGAUCUCCUAUUAGCCAGUUUUCUUGAGACACCUGCUGCAAAUUCGGGCAAAGUCAUGCGAUCAGUUCUUGCUUACCAUGUUAUUAUGUGCAGAAGAUACCUUAUAGUGUAUGCCACCAUCUUAUUCUCGUUUCAUCCCAAGAGGCCUUUCUAUAUCUCAAAUCCAAAAAUUCAUACCUAAAAGCUGGAAGGAAGGAACGAAACAAUUUGGGAACUCAUCUGCUUUAUGUAUUUCGGAAACAGGUUCAGCUGUUGAUGAUUCUAUGAUAGAUUCUCUUCUUACAUCCAUCAAGAAUUAUGCAAGCCAAGGAAAUUUAUCAAAAGCAUUCAAAACUGUCUCUCUUGUCCAGCUCUACACCUCUUCUCCUACUUGUGACCUUAUCUUACAUUCCAUCUCUUCUGUUAUCUUAUCUUGCGCCAACCAUAAAACAUUACCGCAGGGUGAACAGCUUCAUGCACAUAUUGUCAGAUUGGGGUCUGAACGACACCCCAUUUUGGUUCCCAAGCUGGUUACAUUUUACUCAAGCUUUAAUCUCCAUGCUGAGGCUCGUAUCAUUAUUGAGAAUUCAAAUAUAUUGCAUCCUCUACCUUGGAAUGUGCUCAUCUCUUCAUAUGUUAAAAAUGAACUUGUGGAUGAGGCUCUCUCUACAUAUAAACAAAUGGUCAACAAGGGGAUUAGGCCAGAUUGUUUCACUUACCCAUCUGUUCUCAAGGCUUGUGGUGAAAAAUUGGAUAUAAGUUUUGGCAGGGAGGUACAUAAGUCCAUUGAUGCUCAUUGUCAAGAGUGGAAUUUAUUUGUGCAUAAUUCAUUGGUCUCCAUGUAUGGGAAAUUUGGGCUUCUCAACAUUGCUCGUCACUUAUUCGACAAAAUGCCCACAAGGGAUGCAAUUUCUUGGAAUGCAAUGAUCUCUGGUUAUGCCUCCAAGGGCAUGUGGACGGAUGCAUUCGAGUUGUUUGGAAACAUGCAGAUGGAGGGUAUUGGAGUUAAUAUCUUACUUUGGAAUACAAUUGCUGGUGGGUGCUUGAGGACAGGUAAUUUCAGGGGCGCUCUUGAGUUGCUUUCUCAAAUGAUAAGUUGUGGUAUUUUAUUGGACUCAGUAGCAUUGACGAUUGGUUUGAGUGCUUGUUCCCACAAUGGAGCCAUUAAAUUAGGGAAGGAAAUUCAUGGUUUUGCGAUUCGUAGUGGUUGUGAUGGGUAUGAUAAUGUUAAUAAUGCAUUGAUUACAUUGUAUUCUAGGUGCAAAGACCUUAGGAAAGCCUAUACUUUGUUUGAAUUGAUAGAAGAUAGGAGUAUAAUUACUUGGAACUCCAUGCUUUCUGGUUAUUCUCACAUGGAUCGAGCUGAGGAAGCUUCAUUCUUAUUUAGGGAGAUGUUUUCAGGAAUUGAACCUAACUAUGUUACUAUUGCCAGCAUCCUUCCUCUCUGUGCUCGGGUAGCAAACCUUCAACAUGGGAAGGAGUUCCACUGCUACAUUACAAAACGUGUAGUGUUUGAUGAUUGUUUAUUGCUACGGAAUGCCCUUGUGGACAUGUAUGCCAGAUCGGGCAAGGUUUUACAGGCGAAAAGAGUAUUUGAUUCAAUGUCGAAGAGGGAUGAAGUAACUUAUACUUCCAUGAUUGCAGGAUAUGGAGUCCAGGGUGAAGGAAAAGCUGCACUGAAGUUAUUCGAAGAGAUGAACUUGUUACACAUAAAACCAGAUCAUGUAACUAUGGUUUCAAUUUUAUCAGCUUGUAGCCAUUCCGGUCUAGUAAUCCAAGGCCAAAUGCUAUUUGAAAAGAUGCUGAGUGUAUACGGUAUAACUCCCAAUUUGGAGCACUAUGCCUGCAUGGUUGAUCUCUUUGGGAGGGCCGGUCUACUAAACAAAGCAAAGGAGAUUAUCACAAGGAUGCCUUACAAGCCAACUUCUGCUAUGUGGGCUACACUUAUUGGAGCAUGUCGGAUCCAUGGAAAUAUGGAGAUAGGGGAAUGGGCAGCCGGGAAGCUGUUAGAAAUGAGACCGGAAAAUUCUGGUUACUAUGUGUUAAUUGCUAACAUGUAUGCUGCUGCUGGUUGUUGGAACAACCUAGCGAGAGUGAGGACUUUCAUGAGGGACUUGGGUGUGAGGAAGGAUCCUGGCUGUGCUUGGGUUGAUGUGGGCGAUGGAUUUUCACCCUUUUUGGUGGGGGACACAAAUCGGCUGAGAGAUGAAAUUUACCUUUUGUUGGAUGGCUUAACAGAGUUAAUGAAAGAUACUGAUUCUGUUGUCAAUGGGGAUAUAAGUUCAGGUUAUGAUGUUUUUGAGGAUUAGAAUAGAAGGAAGCUGAUUAUAUGAAAGGGAUUGCUAACACAAUGUCAUGUGAAUUGAUUUCAAUUCUGUAAUCUUGAGAGACACUUGCAGAUCCAGGGGUUUUUACCAAUUUUGAAGUGAAAAUAUUCUGCUAAUAUGGUGCAGGAUAGAGUCUCAUGAAGAAUGCUUGAGUUGUCCCACUUGAACUCAUCACAUGAUUCACAUCUAAAGGUUGAUGCCGGGCGGAAUUGUUUUCAGAUUUUAUCUUCUUUCUGUGCUUUGACAUUUCAGUUUUGUAGUGUGCAUAUGACUGAUUUGACAUAAUUUUGCUAAUUCCAGUCCUGCUAGUGGCUAUUUGCCGAAACUUCUUUAUAGAGAAGUUGCACCUUUGUGAACUGACAACAUUAUUUCUUUUCUGAGUACAGAGACAGCAAUAGUAAUUUUCCUAGAAUAUGGUUUUUACUUAUUUUAGUAGAGUUUUUCUAAUGCAAACUACGAUAUCAUGUUUUUCGGUUUUCUAAUGGCAUCUAUUGACUUCUCAAAACUCAGUAUUAGCGGCAUUCAACACUUCUGUUUAUUUAUAGGGAUCGGUUACUUUUGUGUCAAAGGGAAACUGCUGGCGUUAUUUCCUGUUACAUGCACCUGGUGGUGAGAGCAACUUCACAGAGCUGGUUUCUAGGGCAUUGUCUCGAUCCUCGACUCUCCCCAGUCCCAGUCUCCGCUGGAUUUUUGUGCCUUGUACGUUUACUUGCGAAUGUUGUGGAUCUCUAGUGGUUGAUUCGGAGGAUGGGAUUAACUGUUCUUGUUUGUGUAUGAGAAUUGUUUUGAAUUUAGCUAUGUUAAGGUUUCUUUGGAUGAGAUUGAUGUCUAGCUUUAGUAACUGGUUCUUGAUAUACCUUUCAUAAGUACGCAAUUCGGUUCUUGCAUUAGUUUGUACUGUAACAAGAUUUUGGACC